UUACAAGUGCGGUGGCCACAGUUACACCUGGCAAGAGCCGCAGGAGACGCGGGCGCAGAGAUACCCGGAAUGAGCAACAAGUGACCGCCUGCAGUCUCCGCCAGCUGGGCCUCUCGUCGAUCCCGUCUUUUCCUGCCCCCCAAGCACGAUGAAGUUCGCGGCUGUGUUAGUCUGCCUGAGCGUGGCCGUGAUGGUUGCGAUGAUUUUACAGGCCGUGCGUCAGGAGAUGAGCCUGCGUGAAUUGAAAACGCGCAUGGUGGCGAACUCGGCGGAGGUCAAGAAGAAGGAGCAAGUCAUCGCCGAGGCGAAAGCGAAGAUCAGUGAGCUGAAGACGACGCUGGAUUCCGUCAACGCCAAGAUGGGCGAGCUGAAGAGGAAGAAGAUGGCCAUCGACAGAUCAACGCGGGACCUUGAUAAAAAUCUGCAAACCUGCAAAAAGGAGAAGGGAAGCGCUGUGACGAGGACAACGGAUAUAGAAGACACCAUGACUGAACUCAGAGCUAAUCACGAAGUGCUUAAAAUGAAGGCCGAGGAGGACAUUCAGAGCCUGAAACAACAGAUUUUGGAUAGAGACAAAGCUAUUUGUGCCUUUGCAGAUGCAACCAAGGAGGAAGCGCGGAGGCUGUGUGGCAUCGCUGAAGCUCCAAAAUAAAAGUCAGCUCCGAAACACUCAAUAUUGACUGUGAGCUUUAAAAGCAUGCAAGGACACAUUUUAUAAUAUUACUGAUGUGAUUACAGCUCAGCUUGUUUAUUAUUGGGAAAGUUACAACCAUGUUAUUUAUAUAAAAAGGACCAUACAUCCAUUGAUAGGACAAAUGGCACAGGCAUGGGGAGUGGGGAAAUGUGUUACAUAUCAUUUUAGUAUCAUUUUGUAACAUGAUCGUGUUGCUUGAUUGGAUCUAGUUUGGCGUUUUGUCUCGUAAAAAACACUUUGAUACAUGUGAUUACAGCCUUCACAAAUAAGUGAACUUUGACAUCACAUACAAUCAUCGCCAAAAAUGGCUUCCCAUGACUCAACUGGAAAAGCUACACUGUCGCGCCUGAACCAGUCUACCAUAUACAAUAUAUGCCUUUGUUAACUUGCCCCCUGAUGAUUGUGCAAAUGUUUGUGGAAGAAUUUGUUAACAAAAGAUGCUGAAUGGAGUGGAGCAAUAAUCUUAGGUUCAUGAAAAUAUCACUUCAUGUCACCUGUUGGAGUGUGAAAAAGUUCAGGCCAUAACCAACGUACUAAAAUGAGCUGUAAGCUAAAUGUGUUGUGCACUAAUUCAUCUGAAACCAAACGAACAUAAGCAACAGUUCAGUGGUAUGUUCCUCUACCUCCCCCUAGUGCAGACCCAAGGAUUGACAGUCUCACUGCAUAUUUCCAUCAUGAUUAAGAGCUACUUAAUGUGCAUGUUUAUCUCCCAUUUGUUGUUUUACAGCUUCAGCUUUUUGCAACCACUCUGUCUCAGUCUAGUCUGAAUGUCAGCCCUCAUAGUUGGCCUCCAGCGGGCUCCCAAGCAGUAGAUACAAUUCUUGAAAACGGCAGAACAAAGACACAUCUGGUUGAAUCUGUCUUGAUCAGUUUAACACCUCUUUUCAAGGCCAAUGCACUGAAGUUAACUAGAAAACAAAAUCUGCUGUGCCUUCCCCAGUCAUUAAAUUUAAAUUGUGUUGAGUGAAAUGGUGUCUUGAAGUGUUACACAUCCUCUGAGCAAUCAGAUCUUAUAUGAUAUGUAUGGGAUCACAUUUGAAGAAGUGUUUAUAAAUUGUGGUGAGAUGUGAGAGUAACUUAAAAGAGUUACAAGACUGCUGGUAUGAAAUGAUAUAAACAGAUACAAAAAGAAUAAAUAAAAAUGUUUAUUGAAGUUG